AUAUAUAUAUCUAUAUAUAUAUAUAUCCAAGGACCAAAGUGUGCCUACUCAUUCACAUUUUCACUGUCCAAUAGCAAAAUCUUCUGUGCAAUAUUCAGUAAGCAAACAAUGGGGUUUACACUCAAUUGGAACCUAGUUUGUGCAACUUUGUUAAUUUUUGGGAUGGGGAUUUCUGCAGUCACAUCCCGCACCCUGAAUGAAGUAUCCAUGAUUGAUAGACAUGAGCAAUGGAUGGCUCGUUAUGGAAGAGUUUACAAGGACAGUGUAGAGAAAGAAAUGCGAUUUAAGAUAUUCAAUGACAAUAUGGAGUUCAUCGAGUCUUUCAACAAUGCUGGUACUAAGUCAUACAAGUUAGGCGUCAAUGAAUUUGCUGACCUAACUAAUGAGGAGUUUCACGCUUCUCGUAAUGGUUACAAGAUGUCUUCCAAUAUGAAGUCAUCUAAGACAACUUCGUUUAGGUAUGAAAAUGUGACUGCAGUUCCAGCUAGCAUGGAUUGGAGAAAGAAAGGAGCCGUUACUCCCAUUAAGGAUCAGGGUCAAUGUGGAUGUUGCUGGGCAUUUUCAGCAGUGGCAGCCAUGGAAGGGAUUAACCAGCUCACAACUGGUAAAUUGAUCUCAUUAUCUGAGCAAGAACUUGUGGACUGUGACACAAGUGUAGACCAAGGCUGUCAGGGUGGCCUCAUGGAUGAUGCCUUUGAAUUCAUAAUACAAAACAAUGGCCUCACUACUGAAGCCAAUUAUCCAUAUGAAGGAAUUGAUGCAACUUGUAAAACUAAGAAGGUAGCUGCAGCAAAGAUCACCGGUUAUGAAGAUGUGCCUGCCAAUAGUGAGGCAGCAUUGUUGAAGGCUGUGGCCAACCAACCCAUAUCCGUUGCCAUUGAUGCUAGUGGAUCUGACUUCCAAUUCUACUCAAGUGGUGUUUUUACCGGAGAUUGUGGGACUGAAUUAGACCAUGGUGUUACGGCAGUUGGGUAUGGGACAAGUGAUGAUGGUACCAAGUACUGGUUAGUCAAGAAUUCUUGGGGCACUAGCUGGGGCGAUAAUGGAUAUAUUAUGAUGGAAAGAGACAUUGCUGCCAAGGAAGGCAUUUGUGGCAUUGCCAUGGAAUCUUCCUAUCCAACUGCUUAAAUAGCAAAAUAGUGGGUGGAUCCUCAAUCAUCUUGAGUUCUCUUAAGAACCCAUUGGUUUCACCUUGCUUAUUAUCUUUGUGGUGUUGCAUUACUCCUCCUCGAUCUUGUAUAAAAUGUUGUAUUGCAGUUCCUAUGUAAAUUAAAUACAAUAU